AUGGCGGAGCAAAAUUACCACUGGGAAACGUCCAAAGAAAACGUCCUCCCGUUGAAGCAAGGACGAACGGUCGCCGCGAUCGAGGAGACGUUCCAACAAAACAGCUCGAAGAAGGGGAAAAUAAACAACGAGAAAACAGAGCGAGAGAAAAGGGCGCACUUGAACGAGAUUGCGAAUUACGACGGCGAAGACCCGUUGGAAAAUUGGUUGAGAUUGAUCAAAUGGACAGAACAGACGUUUCCGACGAACAAGAACGAGGAAUUACUUCCGAUUUUAGAGAAGUGCACGGUUGAGUUGCAAGAGGACGCGAAGUACCAGAAAGAUUUGCGGUAUUUGCGAGUGUGGAUUAAAUACGCGGACGCGUGUUCGGACCCGUCGGACGUGUUCAAAUUUCUCAAAGCGAACGAUAUUGGGCAAACGCAUGCGCUAUUCUACGAGUGUUACGCGAGUUUUUUGGAAAUGAAGAAAGCGUACAAGUUAGCGGACGAGGUGUACAAGAGAGGCGUGGAGAUGAAAGCCGAGCCGGUGUCGAGGUUGAAGAUGCAAUACGAAGGCUUUACGAAGCGGGUGAGAAAACGAGAGAUGAAGAAAGAGGAAAGAGGAGAGGUUUUGGAAGAUCAGAGCCAAAGUUAUCGUCAUUUUGGGGAUAAAGUGACGAAAACUGGGAGAAGGAUCGAGGCUGGGUUGACGAGUUUGAGAGCGCAGCAAGCGACGAGAGGUUUGGGCGGCGGCGGUUUGAGAAGACAAAGCGGCGCGCCUACGAUCCAAGGCGAUCGACGCGCCUCGAACAACAACAACAACAUCAUGCGUCCCUCCAACUUUGAGGUGUUCGAAGACGACGACGAAAACGGGUCGCGAAUGACGCAAAAUCGAGGUGAUAGCGAAAAUAUCGCCACAAACUGGAAAAAAUUGGGCACCCGAGAGGAGACGAUUAAAGAAAACGCGGCGAAGCCGUCGCAAUGGAACGGCGCAUCGUUGACGGCAUCGAAACGAAAACUCGCGCCUGGGAAAACCAUCGACGCGACAAUUGAAGUCUACGAAGACACGGAGUGCUUAGAUGCCGAGAUGGUCCAAAAAGCGCUAAAAACGACAAAGAUUUCGGAAAUGCCUCUUCGCUUGCGCGACCGCAUGGACUUGAAAAACGACGUCAAAGUCAAUCCGGUGUCCGCGCACGAAAGAGCAAAGUUACUCUCGCAAUCGCAAAUGAAAAAACCUUCUUCUUCUACCGCUAUGGACUGUGGUUCAGAAAAGCAGGUGAAUUUGAAAGAAACGUUCGAAGAAACCGCCGCGAGAGAGUGGCGCGAGAACCACCCGGAACACGAAAAUUACCAACAACGCAUGUCGCACCAAUCUCCGAUUGUCGUUGCGUCUGCCUCGAACGCCGCCGCAUCCAAAGGAAUCACGAGCAUGGACGUUGACGACGAAGCUGCGAGCAAAAGAAACGAACAGUGGCUCCCUGAACGUCCGAACACGGCGAGUAAGAAGGAGAGCGAACACAUCUCGCAAAUCGAUUCGUGCGAGAACGAGAAAUCGGCUCAAAAUUCCGCCGCCGCCGCCGCCGCAACUACCGCCGAUGAAAAGGCAAAACCAUCCGCCGGUGCGCGAUGGACGAAAGACGAGGGUGGUUUCUUACAAAAUAGCGAGCCGACGAUGACGUUUUGCACGAAAGAAGCGUGGGGGGACGUCAUGGCAAUGUUCUCGGAUAGAGGAGGCGCGAAGGAAGAGCAAAAAUCCGACGACGAAGGCGGUACAAAAUCUGGUUCUGGGUCCGGUUACGAAGGCGACGCGAGUCGAGGCGCGCGAACGCCGAAAAUGAAAAGCACUCACGCUGUCAAGAGAGUGGCAGAAAAGAAAGACGACGACGACGACGACGACGACGGUGGAUUCCUCGUUCGAGAAGACACGGUGCGCCUUCCCGCGAACAUUGUCGUGACGAAAGAAGAAACGAAUAAUAAUAACAACAACAAUAACGACUUCGAUUUCGACAUUCGCGAAGACACGGAGUGCAUUCCGAGCUUAACCGAAAUCAAGAAAGGCGCGCUGCAACAGAAGAAAGGUUUUGGAAGUCCCAUCGUUGUCUUGAAGGAAAGGAACAUAGAAGGCGUAGCGCCGGCGAGGAAUGAGAAUGAUGAUGAAAACAAAGUACCAACGGGAGCGAAGUCGUCUUUAAACGAUAACACGGUUAAACGCUUUUCUAUUCCGAAAGGAGAGGAGAAGACGGUUUUAACGGCGGUACCGGCUGUUAAUGACGACAAGGACAACACUUUGAAAGAUGUCAUCAUAGAAGAAAAUGUAGGCGCGCGCGAGAACAAAACAGCAAUAAAAAGAACAAAAGAAAAAGAAAACGAGAAGAAGCAUCUCAUCGAUCCGUUUGCAAACAUAGAUAGCCUCUUAAAGAGCGCGAAAAUCGAAUCGAGCAGCGUGCACGUGUCCGUAUCGAACGAUCCUUCAGAACUCGCCGGUCUCGUUGCCGCUGGGAAGCGAGUGAGCGGCGCGAAGGGCGCCAUCGGAAAGAAAGCGGGCGAAGGCGUUGAGGUCACCAUCGGCAAUAAAGAGUACACGUUGAGAAGUAAAGCUGGCGAAGGCGCGCACGCGUGCGUUUACGAAGCCGAAGGGAAGGAGACUUUGAAACCAGACGAUGUGCCUCCAGUGUUUGCGAUAAAAGUCGAAUCCAAGAAACUGGCCAGUUGGGAGUUUCUCAUCUCCUCGCGCUUGUGCGAACGCCUCCCGCGAGGCGCACCGAGAGACAUCGUUAUUCCUUCGCACCUGCGCUUGUUACUCGACGAUAAAUCUCAAACACACACCACUGGCGCGCUCGUUAUGAAAUUUGGCGACCACGGGACUCUCCAAGACGUCGUUAAUUUCUACAAGCUCACGGAAAGGAAGACUGGCGCCAUGGACGAAAAACUCGCCAUGUACUACUCCAUCGAACUCCUUCGCUUACUCGAAUGGACGCACGAAAGCGACGUUUUGCACUGCGAUGUAAAACCAGAUAAUCUACUUUUGAGAAACGGCGGCGAGCGGUGGUUGGAUUGGGACAAGUCCCGACCAGGAUCGUGGAAGAAGAAAGGCUUAGCUUUGAUCGAUUUCGGACGCGCGAUCGAUUUGAGAGAUUACGACGCGAACACGCAAUUCGUAGGAAACGCCGGGACGGAAAGCUUUAGCUGCCCGGAGAUGCGCGAGAACAAGAGUUGGACGUACCAAUCCGAUUGCUUCGCAAUCGCGGCGACUAUUCACGUGAUGUUGCACGGCGAGUACAUGGAAACAAUCACGGAUAGAAAGAUGGGAAAAUACGCGCCAAAGCUCGCGUUGAAACGAUACUGGAACCAAGACGUGUGGAAACUCGUAUUUGAAAAGCUCAUGAACCAGCCGACCACGAAGAGCACGAAGGAAAAACCAAACUUACGAGCGAUUCGUGAAGUUUUAGAGGACGCGCUCGAUGGCGAAGGCACCGGCGGAAGCGUGGUGAAAUCGCUCCUCGUAAAGCAAACGAUUGGAAUGUUUGAACUCAUAAAAGAAGGAAAAGCUGUUUAA